AUGACAACCUGUCCCUGUGCUGGCAGCACGUCACUGCAGACCUGGUGUGUCAGAGUCCUCUGCUGGGAGCUCAGGUCACCUUCAUGGACUGCUGCUGCCUGUACGGCGAGGGCUGGGGGAUGGAGUGUGCCCUCUGCCCCGCCACCGACACCGAGGACUACGCCACCCUCUGCAGUUCCUUUCUUCCUCCUCUCUUCCCGGAGAGUUAUCCGGACUCCGGAGCUGAAACAGGAGUAAGACCAGGAGGAGGACGAGGAGGAGCAGGAGGAGUCGCUCCUCCUUACUUCCCUCCCUACAGUCCGGACUCCUUCCCCCCGGUGCUCCCGGACUAUGACGACUACUCCCCAGCAGGAGGUGGGAGGUCAGGUUUCAGAGGGAGGUCACCUGCCACCUUCACUUUGCCGGACGGAGCGUACCGCCGUCAGGAGUUCAGCACCGGUUACUACUCCGAAGAAGACUUCAGCUCCCCUGACGGCUCCCCGCCCCGGCCUCCCUCCUUCCGCCUCCCUCUGGACCCGCGGGCCGAGGUGGCGUUUGGGGUGCGGCCUCCUCCUCCCUCUCGGCCCGACGGCCCUCCUCUGAGCCUGGCCCCGCUGCCCGGAGCCUCCUACGAGGCGGAGCAGGAGGAGGAGGAGGAGGUGGCGUGGAGGCCGGGCCCACCUUUUCCUCCAUUCACUGAGAGGAGCCGAGGAGGAGGAGGAGGAGGAGGAGCACCGAGGAGGGUGUAUGAGAGGCGUUACGAGUCCUACGCCGGCCUGAGCGCAGCAGAGGAUUGUGGGAUUCUGCACGGCUGCGAGAAUGGCAGAUGUAUCCGUGUCGCCGAGGGUUACACCUGUGACUGUUACCAAGGAUACGAGCUGGACAUGACGUCCAUGACAUGUAUAG